UUACAGAAUCCUGCAAUUUUCCAAACGUCAAACAUGUCAACUUGUCAAACAUCAAAAAACCCAAAUAAGUUGUAAAUUACCCUGAAAUUGCAUUAGCAAUGAUAAAUGCGACUGAACCAAAUCAAAAGUGUAAAUAGCAAAGUUGUGAGUAGUUUUUCAGGGGAAAUUUCGUUGCAAAAUCCGUGCAAUUAGAGCGAUGAGUCAUGUGCAAAUGCUAUCAAAAUGCUAGUUUUAGUCGAAAUUACAAAGCACAACGUUCGAAUCUAAACCAUGUGCCUUAAAUCAAGUAUUAAAAUUCCGAAGUGAUGGACGAGAAGCGAGUUGCCGAUUAUUUUGUGGUGGCGGGACUGCCUGACGACCCUGAGCCCUUGGACGAGACAACUCUGUCCGAAGGGGGCAACCUCAAGGCGAGCCAUGGCCAGGCCCCCAUUACCGACAUUAGCGUCAUUUUCCCCGGUUUGGGCGAAAAGCCACCCCCGGGGUGGUGCGUCGUUAUGAAGACACCAUCAGGGCUUGUGGCUGAUCUCAAUCAUGGUAGUUUAAGGACGAAUGAGUGCCACUUGUGUUACAAGAGGGGUCGCGACAAGCCCCCUUUAGUCGACAUUGGUGUGAUGUAUGACGGCAAAGAAUGGCUCAUGCCGGACGCUGAGGUCGUCAAAGAAAGCGUUGGCAAACACAUAGCCAACGUGAACAAUUCGACGUCCCAAACGUUCAUCACGUACAGAAGGGGACACCCGACCAUGCCUUGCAAUGCUCUUGUGGUGACUGAUGUUUGUGUUGUGAUUGCUAGUAAAGGUGAAUCUCCACCGCACGCGUUUUGUUGCAUCAACAAAAACUUAAAUAAGGGAAUCGUGGGCAGCGACGUGUUCCUUUGUUACAAAAAAUCGAUGAACAGAGCCAAGCUGUUGACUUACAAACCUUCCGUCUUGUCCAGGUACCCCAUGUCCGACCUCCCAAACUUUCCGUUUCCAAAUUCCGUGCCUUUAUUUUGUCUCCCAAUGGGUGCAACGUUGGAACUGUGGCCAAAAGAAGCGACCCGACCAAAGCCAGUAUUUAGCACUUUCGUUCUAACAGUAUCUGAUGCAAAAUACAAAGUUUACGGCUCUGCUGUGACAUUUUACGAGAAAUUUCCACUUCAAGACCUCAGCGACGAGCAGAGGGAACUUUUAGGCUACACCGAAAAUUCCGAUUUUGUUUUAAAUAUGAACAAAAGUAUCUGUCUUUUGUCGCACUGGCCGUUUAGCGAUGCUUUUGAGACGUGGCUUUUGUUUUUACACAACAUGGUGGCUGGUGGGGACCCCCAAGCGAUCCCUGUGGAGCGCUACAUCGUCCAGUUGUUGGACGAAGUCCCGUUUCCAUCACCGCGAACUCUACUCGAACUUUCAGAUCAAAAUGACAAGCAGACAAAUAAAGUGAUAAUGACGCAACCGGAAGAUUUGCCUUUGCCACGAAGUGCGGCCGGUUUCAGACACCUCUUGCUUAAUCUAGGUCCGGAGAAUUGCCUCCAAGUCCUACUUUUAGCACUGACUGAACAAAAAAUUCUCAUACACUCCCUCCGACCCGACACACUAACGGCAGUAGCUGAGGCCGUCUCGUCCUUUCUUUUCCCCUUCAAGUGGCAGUGCCCUUACAUCCCGCUCUGUCCGCUAGGGUUGGUUGAGGUGCUUCACGCCCCUUUGCCGUUUCUGAUCGGGGUCGAUUCGCGUUUUUUCGACUUGUAUGACCCACCACCGGACGUGAGCUGUAUCGAUUUAGACACGAAUAUUAUAACAGUAGCGGAGUCGCAAAGACAACUUUUGAAUAUUAAAUUAUUGCCGAAGAAGCCGGCGAAAAGUUUGAAAUCGGCCCUUGAUUAUCUCUACUACCAGAUCAGGAAUAACAGUUCAAAUGUCGAGGGAAGUUCCGGUGAUAACAUCGAGAGCGAGUUUCGCAAAAAAGAGAAAGAACAAGCGCAAGAACUCGAGAUUCAGGAGGCGUUUUUACGGUUCAUGGCCUUGACGUUGAAGGGCUACCGCUCGUACCUUUUACCCAUAACUCGGGCUCCGACUGUUGGCACCACAGACCCACAAGCUCUCUUCCAACUCACCGAUUUUCUCAAAAGUCGCGACAAAACCCACCACCGAUUUUUCACACUAAUGAUGCGAACGCAAAUGUUUAUUCGUUUCAUCGAAGAGAGGAGUUUCGUGGCUGAUGGCGAUCAAGGACUCGCUUUUUUCGACGAAUGCAGCGAGAAGUUGAGUUACGAAGAAGGCGACAUUCGGUUAAUCGAACCGGACGCGUUGCAUAAAAGCGACCGGACGAUUUUUGUGCUACCGCCCGAACCAAAUUCCGAUAACCCACACGUUUAUACGAAUUUUACGCUAGAUCCCGGACUUUUAUCCGGGAAAAAACGCAAUCAUUUACCGUCGCUUUACCAAGCGGUGAUUCCCGGGUCGCCAAUGGCUAGGAGAACCAAGCACGAGAUCAAGUCGGCACAAAAACUUGCAAGGAAGUGCCAAAGUUCGCCGGAUUUGUGGGCGAGACUGUUAUGUGGCACUUGCCAUACUUUGUAUUUUAUGGUUUUGCCAAGUAUGUUGUCGCUGAAUGCCGGCAAAGAGAAAGCCAUACUUCAGCAAGCCUACGAAUUGCUCGUCCGAGCUACUCAACAAAGACUAGCAUGCGACGAGGUUUGUUAUAGGCUGAUGAUGCAGCUGUGUGGCGAACACUCCAGACCGCUAUUGGCUGUGAAGCUGCUAGUGAUUAUGAAGAAGUUUGGGAUACAGCCAAACGCUCUGACUUAUGGUUUGUAUAACCGGUGCGUGUUGGAGGCCGAGUGGCCGGCGUACUCCGGUUCUAGUCAACUUCUUUGGAACAAGCUCCGCAAUGUCGUAAUGGGCGCGGCCCAUUUUCGCUGGGCGGCGAAACAGAAAGCUCGUAAAUUGUCGGCUUCAACCGAAGGCGGGUCUAGUUUACUUGAGCCCGGCGAUCGGACGGCCUCUCGCUCCUCCCUCGACUCACACGAAGCCGUCCAGACCGAAAACAGCCUCCUGAACAAAUUCCGAAAAGCCGCCGCCAACAUAGUUAAAGGCAGUCUGAACGGUUCGGCACAGUCCGUCAAGGACGUGGUCGAAGAGGAAGUCGUUGAAAGCCAACCAGAAGAACCCGAAACCAAACUAAACAACCACUUCACACCACCCGGAAGUCCGUCAGAAUGCCGGAUUUUAUCCCGAUCCGAAAGCGCCGGCGAUGCCAACAUUAUCGAUAAAUUACAACAAAACAAAAAGAACUGUUCCAGAACCUUGGACUUUAACGGCGAGGAGGAAUCCGGGAAACAGUCGCCCGGAAAGGUCUCUCCACGCACUCUUGUCACUCAAAACGAUCCUUUGGGAGCGUUCGAUCAAGCCCCACCUCCCAAAACUAGCAUAACUCCGCCCCCCGAGCCGGUCCAGUCCAAUCAAAAUCUCCUACUUACCGACGAUCCUGUUUUGUUCAAGUCAACGGUACACCGAUCGGCCACGUUCGAAGGCAGCCCGCCAGCCCAAAGUAAGAUACACAGAUCUGAAACUGUACCAGCGGCGACAGUAGCUUCCAGCUUGGCGAGUCUCGGGUCCAGCUUUAAGCUGGGAUUCAGCCGCUAUUCACCAUCACGCCUCUCGCUGCGCAAAGCCGAUCUCAAGGUGCCCCAGCAACUGUUCGAAAACGCAAUAAAUAAUCUCAGCCCCAGCAGUUUGACAGGUAAGAAACCGAACGAACUAAUCCAAGGUGGUAUUAGUUCCAUAAAAUCGGCCGCCAACACGAUGGUGAAAAAACUGGACGAAAUCAAAGAGGCCAUGUCGACGUCGGCGCAUAACACGCCGGUUAAAACCGCACAAACCGAUCGGUUAGCGGCUGGCGAUGCUGACAUUGCCGAGUGCGAGUCAAACGAUGGGAGUGACGGAGGGGAGAGGCACAGGAGGGUUUCGGCAGAGUUGGGGAGUUACAGGGGGAGUUACACGAACUUGAAAGACUCAGACGAGCCGUUACCCGAAAGUUUAUUUCCUCCUCCCUCUGAAGAGAAGCAAGAUUGCGAAUUGGAAAUCACAAUGAAUUCGUGUUCGCAAUGCCACAACUGUUUGUCUCUUCUAUACGAUGAAGACAUCAUGGCCAAUUGGUUUGCCGAGGAUUCAAAUUUAAACACGAAUUGUCAAUCGUGCGGCAAACCCACCGUUCCAUUGUUAACAACAAUGAUAACAGGGAAGAAUAUCCCACCUUGUGACGCGUUCAGUGUCCCUUAUUUGAACCCGCUUGUGUUGCGAAAAGAAUUGGAGAAUAUUCUGACACAAGAGGGUGACCUCAGCUUAGCCGAUGCUAAGUUCGUAGACGAGCAUCCAAUCAUUUAUUGGAAUCUGGUGUGGGCUUUUGAACGUAUCAACGUCCAAACACAUUUACCCAACCUUUAUUUGAAGACACGAACGGAGGAAACUAGUGAGAAGAAAGACAAAAGUGAGAAUAGUAGUGAAGAAGUUGGAGUUAUGCAACCGGUGGAGGAAGGGACCGACCCUCUGACUCAAGAACUGGCGGCUUUGGCUGACAAAGAGGAGGGACAGCAAUUGGCAGCGCAGGUGUGCGUUCGAUGCCUGUGGGAUGACCCGAGACUGUACAGCGAGCGCCCGCCAAUGUACACGUUUUGGAGGUUGCGGGACGCGUCUCAAAUCAAUAAAAACAUCGUAACGAAAUCGUUUAUGCAGAAAGUGAUCGUCAGUAUUCGGCUCAACGACCUGGCGGAGCCUUUGAAGAACUUGGCGUCGGAGCGUGAGUCACACGGUCCGCAUCAGGGGAAAAACCGGAUUUCGAUUUAUCGCGACAUCUUGUUUCUGGCGUGUAAAGCGCUGGGGAGGAGUCAUAUCGACUUGAAUGCGUUUGAUAAACAAUACAGUGCGGCUUAUUAUCGUGCGACUGAAAGGAAUAAUAGACAGUUUGAGCCCCAAGAUAAACCUCUGAGUACGAUCGCGUUGUAUUGCCGUCAAUACUUCCGCCCACUAUCUUUGCCUUGAUCAGUUUGUUUGUGUUCUUUUUGUUUAAUUAAUAAGGUGCACUGCUAUAUUUUAACUGUAGGUUUUUUCUUGGGUCUAUAGUUUUCAAUAAAGUUGUUGAAUAAAA